AUGCCUUAUCACUGUGAUAUAUGUGGUAAAUCAUUCUCUCAGAAUUGUAAUUUCACCACCCACAAACGUAUUCACACCGGAGAGAAACCGUAUCACUGUGGUAUAUGUGGCAAGUCAUUCUCUGUAACCAGUAACUUAAAUGCCCACAGAAGCAUUCACACAGGGGAGAAACCACGCAUCCAUACGGGAGAGAAACCAUAUCACUGUGAUAUCUGUGGUAAGUUAUUCACUCGAAGUGGUGACUUAAAUAAGCACAAACGCAUCCAUAUAGGAAAGGAACCAUAUCACUGUGAUCUGUGUCUUUACAAACUUUACAAGUUUUUACGCUUUGUAGGGAUUCCAAUCUACGGAAAUAUAGAAAAUGCUUUCCGUUUCUAUAAAAGACAAUCUCUUGGUUUGCUGUGUUCUCAACAUUACUUCCAUCACCUGAAAAGCAAUAGAAAUAGUUUGUCCACGUUUUACUGCCAUACAAUAGCACGGAUUAUGCAACAUGUCCAUCACAGUGACAAAGACAACCUAGCCAAAUAUCAGGAUGACCGAUGA